AUGUCCGACGUACUGGAGAGGAAACUACUCACAAGGUUGCUUAAAACUCUUCGACAGCCCACGACCAGUUUCGCCCUCCUGUUCCGGGCUCAUCAGGUAGGCGUAGUCCCCGAGUUUACGUCAACCUUAUGUUCUGCUUGGACCCAAAUUGGACUGAUUGCGACAAAUACAUUCAUUUGCAAAUCAACUUGGUUUUCACGGGUGACUCAAGUUAAUCCCUAUUUUAUGCUGUUCUUCAACUGA